UCUGCAUUCUCCCUCUGAGUCGUGUGGGAAGCUGCUCAGUGAAUGCGGUUGCAGAAGGAGCCAGCAUACUUAUGCGCCUGACACGGAUACUGUUCUGUCUUACAGGAGACAAGGGGGGGGGGGAAACACAAGCUUACUUUCCUCUCUUAUAACUUCCUCCAUUCCCCCGGACUGGAUAUAAUUUAAAAAUGCUCAGAUUUCCUCUCCAAGUUGAUUUUGAUGACAUUCUCUGUGGACCAAGGGAAGCGCGGAGUUUCCAGCUCCUCACUUGCACCGCGGCUGACUAAAGGCUGAAUAACUGCAUUAUUCAUUUUUACGCACCGGUUUCUGUUGUCCUGACUUGUCUCUCUUGUUUCUCUCUCUGUGCUUGUCCCCUUUUUUUCGUCCGGGAGAGGAUCUUCAAUAUCGCCAUAGCCCUUCCGUCCUUUUUAAAAAGAAAAGAAAAAUUCCCUCGUUGGAUGGAGACUGAAAUAAGCAUCUUUUCUGCCUGCAAAUAAACAGACCGCUAAAAAAACAACUGUUUUGUAAGGCGUUAGAGCAAAUAACUGGAUUUAUGUUGCCCCAAUGGAAAAUAAUAUACUGAUACAAAUAACCUGAUGGGAGCGUUUUGGCUGCCUAUGCCCUCUGAAGCAUUAUCCCUGUGCGCAACUUCACUCGAAACAAACCAGUAUUUAUUCAUCGGAUCGUUGGGGGUUGCGGAGCCAAGCUAAAUCCAGACGCACAGUGUUGGCCAUCCUCUCUCCCCCAUUUUUUGCUCCUCUCCUCUGCUCAUCCUCCUUCUCCAGUUUCCCCCUUAAAAAAAGCUCCAAGAAUGACAGACUUAUUUCACCGCAUCACCGAGCGCCUUGCGCCUUUUUUCACGCCUUGGACUCGCCGGACGCGCUGUCAAGAUCUCUAAAAACUGUCUGCCUCUCCCUUUCUCUCUCUCUCUGUCUUUCCCUAUUUCUCUUUCCCUUCCUUUCUCAUCGUCUCUCUCUAUCUCUGCAACCACAUGAAUGCUCUCCCAUGGAGGUAGUACAACCACUUUGGGGACCGAACGACCAGAGGGGUGAUUUUUCCAAGCAAGAGGAGCCCGUCAGCAAGAGACGCAUCGGGUGAAAUCUGAGCUCCCCCCCGCCACCCCUCCCCCUCCCUCCCUCCCACCCUCACUCCUUUCUCUCCAUCUCCAGCGCACCCCCGCCAGUUUGCUCGGCUCGGGUUGAUAUACCGUAGCCUACAUGGGGAUAUAGGGGCUGGAGAAACCUUGUUGCGCCCCUACAACUGUCUGCGUUCUACUUAAGCUUCAGAGGACUGUUUGCGCCGUCUCCAUCCAUGUCUCACCAAUGCUGCCCCGUGUCUCCAGAGGGAGCUGCAUUCAUUAGCACCUCAGCUUUGGGUUACUAAAUGGUUUUCUGGAGGAGGAUUUCUAACCGGCGAGAUGCUGCUCGUACUCCUGCUGGCAGCCUUUUCUUCCUCCAUCUCCGGCUCCCUCUCCUCCUCCCUCUCCUCCCCCUCCAUGUCGGACGGACCUCAGAUGGCAGACCCGUCCGCCUCGGACUUGAUGGCCGAGACCUGCAGCGCCUGCUCCUGCAUGUCAGUGGAAAACGUGCUGUAUGCCAACUGCGAGAAGAUCACUGUCUAUCGACCCACGCAGCUCAUCCCGCCGGCCUCCUCCCUAUACCAUCUGAAUUUCCAGAACAACUUCUUAAUCGUACUGUACCCUAACUCGUUCCUCAACUUCACCCACGCCGUGUCACUGCAGCUGGGGAACAAUAAACUGCAGAACAUCGAAGGUGGAGCGUUCAUGGGGAUGAGCGCGUUGAAACAGCUGCACCUGAACAAUAAUGAGUUAAAGGUGCUGCGAGCAGAUACUUUCCAAGGGAUAGAAAACUUGGAAUACCUUCAGGCUGACUACAAUUUGAUAAAAUACAUCGAAAAGGGAGCAUUUAACAAACUGCAUAGGUUAAAAGUGCUCAUCCUGAAUGAUAAUCUCAUACAGGCACUUCCUGACAACAUAUUUCGCUUUGCCUCGCUCACACACCUGGAUAUAAGGGGGAACAGGAUCCAGAGGCUUCCUUAUUUGGGGGUUCUGGAGCAUAUUGGGCGCAUUGUAGAACUGCAGCUGGAUGACAACCCCUGGAACUGUACCUGUGAUUUAGCACCUCUCAAGGCGUGGCUUGAAAACAUGCCCUAUAAUAUUUUUAUCGGCGAGGCCAUAUGUGAAACACCAAGUGACUUGUACGGGAGGCUCCUGAAAGAAACUAACAAACAGGAGCUUUGUCCCAUGGGAACAGGAAGUGACUUUGAUGUUAGAAUGCCACCCGCACCGCCUGAAUUAUCAGGGCAGUCACCCUCCAAAAUGUCCCCAACCAUUCUGGCUCCCAUGGCCACAAAAGCGGCAAAAACCACUGACUCAUCUAAGAUUUACGGUAAUGGUAUUGUGGCUGGUUUACCCCCUUUUGGAAGAAAUAGACAGAUUGUUUCCUUUCAGACACGGACCCCUCCAUUGCUGUGUCCGCAG